AUGAAAGAAUUAGCAUUUGAUCAAUUAAAAUGGUAUAAACAAUCUGUUAAUCAAUCGAUCACUCAAUAUUAUGAUAAAAUUAUAGAAUUAUGCAUGAGAAUUGAUCCGAAUAUGCCUGAUUCUUUGAAAUUACAAUAUCUUAUUGCUGGUGUCAAAGAAUCAUCAAAAUUACAUAUUGCUUUACAUGACCCACAAACCAGUGAAUCAUUUUUAUUAUAUGCAAGAAAAGUGGAAGAUACUUUAUCAUUUACUAAUAGUACCUACGAACCUAAUCAAAAUGAUGAUUAUUCAAACGUUGCUGCAAUGCAACAAGUUUCAACUCCACCAAACACAUUUUUUCGACAAUGCAAAUCGAACAAAAAUAAUUAUGUUAAAAAUUCACAAGCCCACACAUAUCAAUUACAUCAUAACGAUGUUCCAUCUAAUGACAAGGUUACUUAUUCUAAUCGAUCGCGUUAUGGAUCACAAAAGUCAACUUUACUUAUUUGUUAUAAUUGUGGUACUCCCGGACAUUAUUCUCGGGACUGUACCCUGAAUAAACAAACUAUGAAAGUAAUGAUUGAUACAGGUGCAAAUAGAACUUUCAUUUCUAGUAAAGCUUUACAUUCAACAAACGGUAAGCAAUUUAUUAAUAAAAUACAACGAUGUGUCUUUUUAGCUGAUGGUCAUACAUCUAUAUUCGUUUAUGGUGAAGUUAAAUUAUAUAUAAUGAUGGGUGAUAUACAAGCUUCAAUAGGAGCACUGAUUGUUAAACAAUUAUGUACUGAUUGUAUUUUAGGCAUGGAUUUUAUUAACAAAUAUAAAUUAAUUAUUAAUACUGAAGAUCAGACAGUAUCCAUACGUGACAACACCAAGCGUACAACAUUACAAGUUGAUAUUAACUCACACAGUGUUCGUUUUCCUACCCGUUUGAUCAACAAUAUUCGAAUUCCACCAAAACGAACUAUUUCUGUUCCUGUAUCUAUUAAUUUAUUAUCAGCCAAAUUAGUAGAUGGUCAUGUUAGUAAAUUAAUUCAACACAUUACUAAUUCUGAACAACAUGAAAAGGUCAAAUUUGUUUUAUCUCAAAAUGCGAAAUUAUUUGAUACCAGCAAACCAACAGUUGCUCGUACUUUAAAACCACAUGAAAUUAAAACACUUGAUCAUCCACCACCAACAUCAAAGCCAUAUUAUUCAACUCCACUUAAACAAGAAGCAAUGUAUGAAAUUACACAAGAAUUAUUAUAUUUUGGAUUAAUUCGCCCAUCUUAUUCUCCUUAUGCAGCUCCAGCAUUAUUGGUAGCCAAGCAUGAUGGUACAUGGAGAAUGGUAGUUGAUUAUAAAAAAAUAAAUAAUAUUACGAUUAAAGAUAAUCAUCCGUUACCCAAUAUGGAACAAGCAAUACAAGUACUUGGUGGUGGUUAUAAGUUCUUUUCUAAACUCGAUAUGAAAAGUGGAUUUUGGCAAAUUCUAAUUAAACAAGAAGACAAAUAUAAAACUGCCUUUAUUACUCCAGAUGGUUUAUAUGAGUGGAAUGUACUAGCACAAGGAUUAAAAAAUUGUCCACCAUCAUUCCAACGUGUUAUGACUGAUAUUCUAUCUCCAUGUCGACAAUUUGCAUUGAACAUCUUGAUGAAAUGUAGUAUUUUUCAACAUCACAUUGAUUAUUUAUCUCAUACAAUUUCGGCACAUGGUGUUAAACCUAUUGAUGAAAAAAUUCAAGCUAUUAUUAAACUACGUGAACCUAAAACAUUAGCUGAAGCAAAGAAGUUUCUUGAUGCUCUUUCUUGGUAUCGUAAAUUUAUACCACAAUUCGCAACAAUUGCAGCACCUAUUCAUUCUAUUACUAACUUAACAAAACCAAAUCGAAAAACAUUUCUUUGGGGAGAUUCACAAAAACAAGCAUUUUUACAAUUGAAACAAUUAUUAGUCAAUGCUCCAUUAUUUCUUAAUUUUCCUAAUGAUAAUCAUCCUGUUAUAUUAACAACUGAUGCAUCGAAAGUUGGUAUUGGUGGAACUUUGCAACAAAUUAUUGAUGGUGAAACAAAAAAUUUAUAUUAUCAUUCUCAAGUUACAUCAUCUACUCAACGAGGAUGUGAUCCAAUUGAAUUAGAAGCUUUAGCCAUAUGGUUAUGUUUUCAACGUAUGCGAUCAUAUUUGCUUGGUCGUUCUAUUAUAAUUUAUACAGAUCAUUUUCCUUUGUGUAAUAUGAUGAAUUCAUCGGCGAAGAAUCGACAAGUAGAUCGUCAACAUAAUUGUUUAGCUGAUUAUUUAUCUCGUUAUCCAAUUCAAUAUCACGAAGAAUUAUUUGAUGAAGACUACGGUAUAAAUAUGUUCUUUGCAGGGGAACCACCGUAUGCGGUGUCUGUUUCUGAUGUAAAACUCUCUAUUAUUAGUGCUGUUGUUACACGUACACAAACGAAACGAAUUUUACAACAACAAUCGACGCUUGAUAUACCUUCGAUGGCAGAUAAAAAUGAUCCAAAGUCGUUUACAAAGAUACCCAUUCAUUAUGAGGAAUCUCGCGAUUCGGUUUAUCCAUUUACUUGCAAUAAUUUUGAUAUUGGACAAGUCAAAGCAGAACAAGCUAAAGAUCCUGCUAUACAAAAAAAGAUCAAGGAAAUACAUAGCAACACCAUUAACAAUUCAUAUAUUUUACAUGAUGGCUUAUUAUAUAAAUUAAUGUCUAUGAAUUCUAAUAAUAAAACAAAACUUAAAUUACUAUAUUUACCGUCUUCUAUGAUCGACACUUUACUUAAAGCAUAUCAUGCUGAUCCGCUAGCGGGUCACUUUGGUAUAAAACGUACUUAUUUAAAAUUAAAGUACAAAUUUUGGUGGCCCAGUAUGAUGCAAUCUAUUAUUACAUAUAUAAAAUCUUGUUUACCAUAUCAACAACACAAUAUUAGCCGAAUUAAAAAACCAGGUCAAUUAUAUCCAAUUGAAACACCUGACGGACCUUUUCAAUUAAUUGGUAUUGAUUUUUGUGGUCCUUUUAAACGUACUCCUCGUGAUAAUCAAUAUGUAUUAUGUAUUACAGAUUAUUUUACAAGAGGGAUUAAUGCUAUAGCUCUACCUGAUUGUUCGGCUCAAACGACUGCUCAAACAAUUUUUAAUGAAUACAUUUGUCGAUAUGGAGUACCAAAAUCUAUAUUGUCUGAUCAAGGUACUCAUUUUAAUAAUCAAUUGAUGGAUUCUAUGGCCAAAUUAAUUGGAUAUAAUAAUAUUUAUUCAACUGUUUACCAUCCACAAAGUAAUGGAAUGGUUAAACGUUUUAAUGCUACAUUUGUGCCGCAAUUAGCUAAACUUCAUGAUCAUGAAAACAACAAUUGGGAUGAAUACCUAUCGCCCGUGAUCUUUGCAUAUAAUAUGUCUUUUAUAAACCGAUUGAUUAUUAUACUCAAUUGA